AUGCAGCAGCACGACCGGAAGAUCGCCAAGGACAAGCUCUGGAGCAGGGAGCGGCGGGCAGCUCAGCGGCCUACGCUCACUUGUAUGGGCCAUGGCAGGUUUUGCCUUGUCGACUGUGUGGUACGCCAGGGAAUGAAGUCUGGUUACCCUGAUGGCUGCAUGCUCAACAUCACCACAUUUCGCCUCCGAUACUCUCGCAAGGGAGAGCUGCGGAUCGCUGAUCACGCCACCAGGUCCUGUCAAAUGACCAAGAAUGUCCGCGCAUUUUCUCCUGUGGCGUUCUGGAUGUAA